UUUUUGUUAAUUGCACGUAAUAUAUGCAGCUCCGGCGUGAGAAGAUUGAUCUGGAAAACACUCUGGAACAGGAGCAGGAGGCACUAGUCAACCGGCUUUGGAAGCGCAUGGACAAACUCGAGGCAGAGAAAAGGAUUUUGCAGGAGAAGCUUGACCAGCCAGUGUCGGCCCCGCCCUCUCCACGUGAAGUUUCGAUGGAGAUUGACUCUCCGGAGAAUAUGAUGCGGCACAUCCGCUUCCUGAAGAGUGAAGUGGAGAGGCUCAAACGCAGCCUCCGCACUACAGAGCUCCAGCACACAGAGAAGCGGGCUCAAUAUAUUGAGGAGGAAAGGCAGAUGAGGGAAGAGAAUAUUCGUCUUCAGAGGAAACUCCAGAGAGAAAUGGAGAGAAGGGAGGCACUGUGUAGACAGCUGUCAGAGAGCGAGAGCAGCCUUGAGAUGGACGAUGAGAGAUAUUUUAAUGAGAUGUCUGCUCAGGGACUGAGAGCUCGUACGGUGUCCAGCCCAAUCCCCUACAACCCCUCUCCCUCCUCCAGCCGCCCCAUCUCCCCUGGUUUGUCGUACGCUAGUCACACGGUUGGUUUCACCCCUCCGGCGACGCUGAGCCGAGCACCACUCCCCCACUACACGUCUCCCGGGCUACACAUCCACCCAGGGCCCUCGCACGGUGUACAGAGGCCAUCCCCAAGGAGAAGCACCAGCCCAGAUAAGUUCAAGCGUCCGACGCCGCCUCCAUCCCCAAACACACACUUUGGAGCACAGCACCAUCCACCACCACCUCCACCCGCACAGCCGAUGAUUCAGUCAGGCUCCUCCCACUCUGUGACAUCACAGAACCCCCCCUCUCAGCCUUAAUGCAUGCACCGUGCGCUACCUUAAGCUAGGCCGCUUCAAGCUAGGCCACACUACUACUACAAUGACAACAACUCUGUGAUCCUCCACUGGGCAAAGGUUGGAAGGGAUUGGAGUGAAUAUGGAAUUAGAGUACAGUUGAACUGGGGAGCAAAAGAACUGGGAAUGUGAAAAGGAAGAAAGUGUAGAUGCUUGGCCCAACUGACAGAUCCAUAACCAGCCCCAUGCCGUUAAAUUUUGUUAUUCUUACUGUGUUUUUUUUUCUCUAAAGUGAUCAAGCUGUUUUGGGAAAGGUUAGGAAGAUCGUUCGAGAGGGUUGACAGCUGCUUAUGCCUGCAUUUUUUUGGGGGGGGAAGUCUUUCCCCAGCCCUCAUGUAAUCUUAUUUGUUUUAACAGAUUUACUGUUAAAUGUAAUCUAAAUUUUCCAUUUAAUGACUCAACGCUCAAUUGGAUAAAUCUGUCCUCUCAUAUGAGUGCAUCUUCACAGAGGUUGAGAGAAAUCCCAGCACAUUUGCCGUGGGGUAAAACAAUUUUCUUUUGUUUUAUUGUCUGUCUGUUAGUUUUAGGCUGUUUUUGUUUGUAAAACAGAUGUGUGUGCGUGUGGCUUAUUGGCAGCAUGUAGAUGGUAAAGGGACAGACAGACUGAAAUGUACUGAAACAGCACUUGUUGCCUCUCUGCGUGUGUAUUAUAGUGGGAUUAUAGUGUUUGUGUGUCUGCACAGCCGUAGAGGUUUCCCACGACUGCUGGUCGGGGACCAGUCUCCCUGCUAGAAUCCAUACAUGACCCACUACGAAAACAGUCAAUACUGGUUUCUGAUCAGCAGCUCAACCUCUCUCAGAGCCCUCACUGUGAAGGGAGUGCCCUGAACACUUAUUCAGAUGGGGAAUUUUGCUUAAUGCCAAUGUCAUAUAACACCCAAACAUGAACCAACCUGUUGAUGCAACAAAACAAGGUACUGUUGAACAAUUAACUCAACAUGAUUAAAUGCUUGUACAAAAAAAAAGUGUUUU